AACCACUACUAAGAUUGGAAAAUGAAUUAUUUUCAUACAGGUGUUAGAAUUGUUAUACUUCUGUUAGAGUUCUGUACUUAGUUACUGAUCUGAGUAAGGUUGAGCUGACUGAUCAUGAAUGAAGAUUACAUUAAACAAACAAAUUCAACCCAAGCCGGUUUGCUUAUAACAUCACUCGAUAGCUUGAGAGAACAAAAUAUUCUCUGCGAUUUCGAUGUCAAAGUCGGUGACAAAUCCUUUCGUGCUCAUCGCUGUGUCUUGGCAGCCUCGUCAGGAUACUUCAAAGCGAUGUUUACAAGCAAAAUGAAGGAAUCUCGUGAUGGGUUUAUCAAUAUGAAGGAUGUUGAUCAGAAUGGGAUUUCCCAAUGUAUAGAAUUCAUGUAUAAAGGAGUAGGAAAUUUGAAAAUGGAAUACGUUCAACAAAUCCUGCAAGCAUCCAACCUGUUACAAAUGGUUGGCUUGACAAACUUUUGCUUCCAUUACUUGAAAACCCAUCUCUCGUCGACCAAUUGUUUUUCUGUCAUCAAUUUAGCUCAAGCGUACGAUCGUCAUGAUAUAAAAGAACAAGCAGAACAGGUGCUGAUCACUAAUUUCAAAUCAGUAAUUUCCUCUGAGAUGUUCCCGUUCAUUAUCAAGCCAGAUCUCCUGCGUUACAUAAAAGUUUCAAAUGCGAGUUAUCAAACAUCAUGGCAAGCUAUGAAAACAUGGGCAAAAGCAAAAGAUGAAGAUGCAGAGAGAUGUUUUGCCGAUCUUGUUACAGUCAUCAAUAUUCGGACUUAUCCUUUCAAAUUUCUUCUGGAGACUGUAUUGGAAGAACCAUUGGUGAAAAGUAAUGACAUUGCAAAGAAUUCAGUCAUCACUGCAUUAUUCUCUGAUGUCAAGAAUCUUGAGACAAAUCUUGAGAUUGACAACUGCUUCAUCCUGAAGAAUAUGGCUGAAACUCGUCAAGUUAUAAACUCAAAUCCAGUGAAAGAUGUCAUGAAUCGAUUCCUGGAAGCAAAUUUCGAACAAAUCAUUGAAAAAAAAGAGUUCUGUGAUAUCAGCAAGGAUGACAUCAUUAUGAUUUACAAAUCCCCAAACACAAAAUAUUCUUCUGAGACUGUUAAAUGGCAUGGAGCUCUUAGAUGGAUAAAGCAAGAUAUUCAGGAAAGGAAAAAACAUUUUCAUGAACUGUUUAGCCUUCUCAAUCUCGGAAAAUUCCCCCUGCAAUUUCUUAAACAAACCAUUCGCUCAGAAACUUUGGUCAACGAUUCCCGUAAAUGUUACGAUAUACUUGUUGAUGAAAUAUUUUCUCGAGCUGACGAAAAGUCCACAGAUCAGGCAGCUCAGAAAGCAAUUUUUACUGCUCCAAGUACUAAAGCAGAUACAGAAACUUCCUUGGGCAACACCGCAUCAAGUAGUCACGGAUCUAAGAAUGUAGAAGAGCCACAGAUGGGAGCAGUGGGUGGAUACAGGAGUGAUACUUCAGAAUCUCAGUCUUCAAGUCAAGCUACUCCAUCUGGUCUAAGAAUCAUCGACAAACUACCACCUGGUGGAAGAAUGUCAGUGAAAAGGUUGCGUGUAUCACUGCCAGGAUAUGAAAGGUUGCCGUUAGGCACUUCUGUCAUCACCUACUCAUUCCCUGCUGGAAGUCUGAAUGGUGUUUCAUAUGUGGCAAAGAAGUUCACUGAAUAUCUACCUGGGUAUCUCUUCGAUCACGCAUCCAUACCCUUGCUAGAGAAAGCAUUCAAUGCAGGAUUGCUCUUCAAGAUUCAGAUAAUUGGAAGCAGUAGAGGAGAGAUAAUAUGGAAUGAUGAAAUUCCUCAUAAAACUAACAAACAUGGAGGUCCAGAUAACAAUGGAUAUCCUGAUCAAGGCCAUAACAAAAAGCUUCAUAAAGCAUUGGAGGCGAAAUUAAAGGCAGCAGGAAUUGAAUAAUAACAAUAGAUGAUCAACAAUGGACGCUCAACACUAUCCGGACAAUACUAUAUUAAAACUCAUCCAUUGAUUUUGUAGUGUCAUUAUCAAGCAUUUCAUCAAGCCACUUAUAAUUAUUAUAAAGUUCGGUGAAUGCAAUAUCAGUCAGAUUGACUCAGAUAUCUUUAAAGGACAUUUUAUAUAUCUCAAGGCAAUUUUCAAGAUAAAACAGCAAACUUUGGGGGUACAGUGGUAAAAAAUAAGUUCCUGUCAUUACCGGAACAGACCCUAAAUUGCCUAAACGGGGUGGAAAAUCCAUCUAAACCUACCGGAACUACUUGUAGCUAUCUUGUAAAAUUUGUGUAGGAAUUGAAUACUAACAAUACAAAAUCAACAAUGGACGUUGGACUCUACAUGGACAAUAUAAUAUUAGAACCCUUCCAUUGAUUUUAUAUUGUCAUUAUCAAGCAUUUCAUUAUGCCACUUACUUACAUAUUAUAAUGUUUGAUGAACUGCAAUAUCAGUCUGAUUUGACUCAACUUUUUGUUUUUAAAUCAAACUCUAUACUGUUAAUCAAGGUUAAUUAGUCAGAAUUUUCAAAACCAACAAUUUAUAUUUUUUUCAAUUUUUCAUCGUUUUUAUCUGUUUCAUCCUUUUAUUGUUGAUCAACUCCAUGAUAAUUAUGCAUAUAUGUAUAUACCGUAUAUGCUCGUUUUCCCGCCCGAUCUUGAUUAAGGGCUCGUUUGAAUAGCCGCCCGUGUGAACAGAACAUAAAAAUAAAUAAGGGCCGGUGC